AUGGCUGCUUUUCCAAAUCUGUAUUGUACUUUGAUUAUUUUAUUUCUGAACGUACUGUAUGUGCCAGUUGUGAUUUCUGAUUGCCCCAGCUACUGGUUAACGGUGAAUACAAGUUCAACCCCUGCCCAAACAUGCUACAGACUGUUUCCAAACGUAGCCGGUAGUUAUGAUGCUAUAGCGGGCUUUUGCCGGGGCCAAGGAGGAUACUUGGCCAGGGACACAUCAGCUAUGGUUCACAACGGUCUGAGAGCAACUUUCCUGGCUACAUCAACAGCGUACCCAAAUACUUUAUUCUGGUUUGGCUUAACAGACAAUAAUACAAACAGUUGGUAUUGGCUGGGUGGGCCUGCUGUGGGAACUUACAACAACUUUUUCAAUGGAUAUCAAGGGCACUUAAAUUCCAGGGACUGUGGAUAUCUAGCAGUAGCAAACAGUGAUUUUAAGUGGCUAACAACAACAAAUUGUAACUCGAGUCAUGCUCCAUUUUGCCAAAGAGAUUAUGAUACACCACCUGUGGUCACAACCACUGCUCAACCGGUCAACUGUCCAAACGGAUGGUAUGGCCUAGCAAGCCAGAAUUGGUGCAUCCAGUUGUUCAACAGUCCAGUCUCAUGGUCGGCAGCUCAGGGGCGGUGUCAGAUGUCCGGCGCUAAACUCGUCCAGAUAAACAACUCAGCCAUGAACACUUUUGUCAACCAGCUUGUAAGCCAAAGCAAGGGUCUCUACUGGAUUGGCCUGAAUGAUCAAGGCAAGGAGGGGACAUUCACCUGGCUCAAUGAUACAGUCCAGGCCACUUACACACAGUGGGCCAGCGGUAUGCCAAACAAUGAUGGGGGAAACGAGAAUUGUGUCGUUAUCGAUGGAAACAAUAACAACAAAUGGGAUGACCUAGACUGCAGCACACCAAACCGAUUUAUCUGCCAGCGAGUGCCUU